AAGAACAAUCGUAUAUGAUCGGAGCAAAAUCUAGGGUUCUUUCUCAUUUCAAGAUCUCUUCCCGCGAUUCUUUAACUUCUCUCUUUAACAUUUCUCCAUUCAAAAGAUAAAGCUUCUGAUUCCUUCCAUCUCUCUCUCUAUUUCUCUCUCCGCAUCUUCUUUACUCAGGUAUGCGAUAGCGCUCGCUUGUGGUAGGUAGGUUGGGGGAUUUCGUGUGGGAGGAUUUUUCGGGGGAAGUUGCUGCUGGCGAUGAAGGUGUUGUUUUACUGGUAGAGCUCAAAUGCCGGACGAGGAUUUGAUCGAGCUUAAGUUCCGACUUUAUGAUGGAUCGGAUAUUGGUCCAUUUCGUUAUUCCCCAACUUCAACUAUUGCGAUGGUUAAGGAGAGAAUUGUUGCAGAAUGGCCUAAAGAUAAGAAAGUUAUACCCAAAGCAGCAAAUGACGUAAAACUGAUCAAUGCUGGCAAGAUUUUAGAAAACAACAAGACUGUUGGUCAAUGUCGAGUGCCUUUCGGGGACCUCCCUAAAGGAGUUAUUACUAUGCAUGUCGUGGUGCAGCCAACUAUAGCCAAAGCAAAGACAGAAAAGAAGGUCGAUGAGACCCCAAGAAAAACUGUAUGUUCGUGUUCCAUAUUGUAGGAAGGUCGGAUGAAUUGUAAGGAAGAUGUUUGCCAGGGGCUAGUGCCAGCCAGCCUAUUUGGGGUUACAGAAAUAUGUAGCAUGCAAGAGAAAAUAAUAUCACUGUAUAACAAAGUUCGAGUGUCUGAUUAAUUACAUGGUUCAUUACAGGUUGAUCCUGCGUGACACGAAUAUAUAUAUAUCGUGUGAAUCUAUAUAGAAUGACUGAAGUAUGUAAUGUAGGUGGUUUCAAUUGUUUCAAAAUUAUUUUUACAGAAAGAAAUGAGGGGUCAACUUUGAUCCUGAGAUUUGUAUGUCAUACAUCUAAAUUCAGCCUGUGUAAAAACUAAACCAAACUGGACCGCCCACAAUUUCUACAAUUAUGCCCUGUUUGUUUUGCUGGAAUGGAUAAUUCAAAAUUCAUGUUUGAAUUGA